CAAGCCAAGCAGUUUUUCUUUUCCCCUUCGUUUCGUUCGUCGUCCGUCCCACCCGCCCGCCCGCGUGAGAUCUCCGACCAAAGGUUCGCCGCCAUGUUGGAGGAGCUGCUCAUCUUCACGCGGGGCGGCCUCAUCCUCUGGUCCUCGUGCCGUGCGCUAGGCGCCGCCGCCCUCAAGGGUUCACCCAUCGACGCCCUCAUCCGCUCCUGCCUCCUCGAGGAGCGCUCCGCCGACGCCAGCUUCUCCCAGGACAACUACGCCCUCAAGUGGACCUUCCACAACGACCUCGGCCUUGUCUUUGUGGCUGUCUACCAGAAGAUCCUCCAUCUCCUCUACGUCGAUGAUCUCCUCGCCGCUGUCCGCAAGGAGUUCUCCCAGAUUUAUGAUCCCAAGCGCACAAACUAUGACGACUUCACCGACAUAUUCCGCCAGCUCCAUCUCGAGGCCGAAGCGCGUGCCGAGGAGAUGAAGAAGUCCAAGCAGGCCAUUUCCUCCCGUCCGCUGCCAGCAGUCUCCCACAGGGCUGGUCAAAAGGCUCGCGGCGCCGCCGCCGGCGGUGCUAUGAAGAAGGGCGCCUCUGGCAAGGAUGACUCUGAUGGGGACUCCUCCGGCAAGGAGCACCACGCUUUGGCAAAUGGUACCUUCAAGGGCCACGAGAAUGCUGCUCCCAAGGACACCUCUCAUGCCCGCCCUGUUGUCGUUAAGGGGAAGGAGAACGGAGGCCCCAAAGACAACGGGGCCUUCGAUGUAACUAAACUACAGAGGUUGCGAAAGAAUGAUAGGAAGAACACUGGUGCUGACAAUGCAACCAAGAAGCUGACUAAACCUGACACAAAGAAGAAAGGGAAGCAAGACAGGGUGUGGGAUGACAAACCUUCCAACAAGAAGUUGGAUUUCACAGACCCGGCUGAUGAGAGAGGGGAUGAGGUGACAGAACAUGUGGCACUCAACCAGGGAGAGAGCAUGAUGGAUAAGGAUGAGAAUCUCAGCAGCGACAGCGAGGAGGAAGAGGUUGAAGAUGGACCAAAGAAGAAAGGCUGGUUCUCCUCGAUGUUUCAGAGUAUUGCUGGUAACAAUGUAUUGGAGAAGUCUGAUCUGCAACCUGCGCUCAAGGCUCUUAAAGAUAGACUGAUGACAAAGAACGUGGCAGAGGAAAUUGCAGAGAAGCUUUGUGAAUCUGUUGCAGCUAGCCUUGAGGGCAAGAAGCUAGGAUCAUUCACAAGAAUAUCAUCUACAGUCCAGACAGCUAUGGAGGAGGCUCUUCUUCGCAUUUUGACCCCAAGGCGGUCUAUUGACAUACUGAGGGAUGUACACGCUGCCAAGGAGCGUGGGAGGCCGUAUGUCAUUGUUUUUGUUGGAGUGAAUGGAGUUGGCAAAUCGACCAAUCUUGCAAAGGUUGCUUAUUGGCUUCUUCAGCAUAACCUUAGUGUGACGCUUGCAGCAUGUGACACCUUCAGAUCUGGUGCCGUUGAGCAGCUGCGGACUCAUGCACGCAGGCUUCAGAUACCUAUUUUCGAGAAGGGUUAUGAAAAAGAUCCAGCAGUUGUAGCGAGGGAAGCUAUUCAGGAAGCAAGCCGAAACAAAUCAGAUGUUGUUCUUGUUGACACGGCUGGACGUAUGCAGGAUAAUGAGCCACUCAUGAGGGCGCUCUCCAAGCUCAUCAAUCUUAACAGCCCAGAUUUGGUUUUAUUUGUUGGAGAAGCAUUGGUUGGGAAUGACGCUGUCGAUCAGCUCACUAAGUUCAACCAGAAAUUAGCAGACCUGUCUGCUGUUCCUACUGCUAGAUUAAUUGAUGGUAUCCUGCUCACCAAGUUUGACACCAUUGACGACAAGGUUGGAGCAGCGCUUUCCAUGGUGUAUAUAUCUGGAGCUCCGGUCAUGUUCGUCGGCUGCGGCCAGUCCUACACGGACCUGAAGAAGCUGAAUGUGAAAUCCAUCGUUAAGACCCUCCUGAAGUGAAGGGAAUGCACUGUGUUGAGCUGUACCGCACAAAUCUGUUCCAUCUUUAUAUCCCCAGUGACCUUGUCAUGUUCAUGUUGGACGUCGUGGAUCUGUGAGACUGUUGUAGUCAGAAAACCAAACCUAAUGUCAUGGGUAACUCUUGUAAUGUGUACUUGUGUUUACUUGGUCGUCUUGCUCCAAUAAUGUGGAUCUGUGAGACUGUUGUAGUCAGAAAACCAAGCCUAGCGUCAUGUGUACCUGUGUUUACUUGGUCGUCUUGCUCCAAUAAUACAACGUAUGAGUUCAAAUGGUUAUAAGUGAA